AGGAAGCUGGGUGUGACCUGACCGGAGGCCAUCAUCGUCGUUUUUCGCUGAUAUGAAAGUCGAUAUUCUGUCAGUUCUGUAUCGAUUCGUGGACAUGGAGAGAAAGGUUUGUUUCCCGCUCUUCGCAGUUCUGCUGUUUGCAGUGCUGAACUCUGCUCAAGCCCAAACUAAAGAGAUAAACUUGAUGGUCGGCGGGACGUUGAGCCUGAAGCCGCCAUUCUCUGGACCUAUAACCAGCAUCCUGUGGAAACAUAACACCGACCUUGUGGUUGAGUUGGUGGGAAAUGAGGUGGAUUACUACGGGAAAUUUAAGGGGAUGGCAACCCUGGACACAACCACUGGACGUUUGGAAAUUAAAAACAUGAAUAGAACUUACGCGGGGUUGUACACGGUGGAGAUCAACAACCAGGUCCAGAGUCAGGUUUACAAUGUUUCAGUAAUCAAGAAAGUGCCAAAGCCUGAGGUGGCGCUCAAACCGCUGGCAUGUUCCUCUGCCUUGCUCAACUGCACCCUGACCUGUGAUGGAGUCACCUUAGGGGCUGAACCUGUCACCUACAGCUGGAGGGAGGGAGACGGAAAGUGGAUACCGGGGGAAAUAGACAAGAACAUCAAGAAAGACGAGACUAAACGUGUUGAAACCUUCUCCUGCCAGAUGAAGAAUCCAGUCAGUGAGGAAGAAAGUGAACCCCAACCAAAUCCAUUCUUCCAAAAGGACUUACCAGUGGGGCCUUCACCUGGUAAGAUCGUGGGUGGCGUGAUUGGCUUCCUCCUAGUGGGGGUUUUGGCAGGUGUGGGUUAUUGGAAGCGAAAACCCAUCAUAGAUUUCAUAAAUCAAAGACGCGCUCCUGCUCCUGCAAGUGAAAAUGGGCGGACUGCAGCUUCAUCCCCGAAUGAAGAAGAUCCACUCAAAAAAACAGGUACAAAUGAUGUCACCUCGGAAGAAGUAGAAUCGUAGAAGAUCCCACGGACACAGGAUCACAUCUGGAUCCUGAUGCUUCUAUCU